AUGGAACAAGAUAUCACGGCACUCCCACGAACCACAAUGGCAAAUUCCAGUAAGAUCGCAGACACUACCAAGACCUAUCACCUGGCCUCUGCUGUGUUGCUCUUCAUCACCUUCCUGGUGGGUGUGGUGGGGAAUGGGCUGUACCUGUGGGUGCUGGGGCUGAAGAUGAGGAGGACAGUGACCACGCUCUGGUUCCUUCACCUGGUCUCCUGCUACCUUCUCUUCACCCUGCUAAUCCCGUUCUUUGCCAUCUACGUCCUCGUGGAUUUCCACUGGGUCUUUGGCAUGGCCAUGUGCAAGCUUCUCAAUGCCUUCAUUUCCAUGGGCAUGUUCUCCUCUGUUUUCCUUCUCACACUCAUCAGUCUGGACCGCUACACCCUCACUCACCAUCCCAUCUGGUCCCGGAAUCACCGCACCCUGUCCCGAGCUUGGAAGCUGGUUGUGGGUGUGUGGCUGGCCUCCUUCGGUCUCAGCACUCCCUAUCUGGCUUUCCGGGAGACCCAGGUGGUGGACGGGAGCAGAAUCAUCUGCAUCAACAAUUACGCCCUCUCCGGAGACCAAAAUGGAGCUGAGAUGCAGGAGCUGGACAGACAGGUCCACCUGGCCAUAUUCGUGGUCCGAUUCCUGCUGGGCUUCCUGCUGCCCUUCUGUACCAUCGUGGGAUGCUAUGUCCGCGUGGGGCUGAAGAUGAAGGAGAAGAAGCUGGCGUGGGCUGGGAAGCCCUUCAAAGUCGUGGUGGCCGCAGUGCUUUCCUUCUUCCUCGGCUGGCUCCCCUACCACCUCUACCACGGCUUGAAGCUCUACAAGAAGGCGGUGCCAGAGUCAGUGACGGGUGCUCUCAUGGUCAUUUACACCUUGUCAUCCUGCUUCAGUGCCUCCUUCUCCUCCAUCCUCUACCUCUUUGUGGGGGAGAAGUUCUGGCAGGUCUUCAGGAAGUCUCUUCUCACUCUGGUCAAAGAGGCUGUUGUCGAUGAUCUAGGCAGCAGUACCGCUGAGUCUAGUGAAAGACAGGAGUCAGAAGUCUAG